GAACCUUCUUUUAUUGCUAAAAGUGAAGAUCGUUUGUUUAAACACUUAUUUCAAGACUAUCAAAAAUGGGUUCGCCCAGUCCAACGCUUGAAUGACACAAUAAAAAUAAAGUUUGGUCUUGCGAUCUCUCAGUUAGUGGAUGUGGAUGAGAAAAAUCAGUUGAUGACAACAAAUGUUUGGAUGAAACAGGAAUGGAUAGAUGUAAAAUUAAGGUGGAAACCUGAAGACUAUGCUGGAAUAACAUCUAUUCGUGUCCCAUCAGAGUCUAUCUGGAUUCCAGAUAUUGUGUUGUAUGACAAUGCAGAUGGUCGUUUUGAAGGAACAUCUACAAAAACAGUAGUAAAAUAUGAUGGGACCGUUGCUUGGACUCCCCCAGCAAACUACAAAAGUUCUUGUACCAUAGAUGUUACAUUCUUUCCAUUUGACCUCCAAAACUGCUCCAUGAAAUUUGGUUCCUGGACCUAUGAUGGCUCACAGGUUGAUAUUAUUCUAGAAGAUUAUGAUGUUGACAAGAGAGAUUUCUUUGAUAAUGGAGAAUGGGAAAUAGUAACUGCAACAGGGAGCAAAGGGAAGAGAACUGAUGGAUGCUGCUGGUACCCAUUUAUUACAUAUUCAUUUGUAAUUAGACGGUUGCCGCUUUUUUACACACUGUUUCUCAUUAUUCCAUGUAUAGGACUUUCAUUUUUAACUAUCCUUGUCUUUUAUCUCCCUUCAAAUGAAGGUGAAAAAAUUUCUCUCUGCACUUCGGUACUGGUGUCUUUGACUGUCUUUCUUCUUGUUAUUGAAGAGAUUAUACCAUCAUCUUCUAAAGUUAUACCACUUAUUGGAGAGUACUUGGUGUUUACUAUGAUUUUUGUGACACUGUCCAUUGUGAUAACUGUCUUUGCUAUUAAUAUUCAUCAUCGUUCCUCUUCUACUCACAAUGCUAUGGCACCUUGGGUCCGCAAGAUAUUUCUUCAUAAACUUCCAAAGAUACUUUGCAUGAGAAGUCAUGUAGAUAGAUACUUUGCUCAGAAAGAAGAAACUAGCAAUAUCAGUGGAUCAGAAUCAUCUAGGAACACCUUGGAAGCAGCUCUAGAUUCUAUCCGAUACAUUACAAGACAUAUCAUGAAGGAGAAUGACGUUCGUGAGGUUGUUGAAGACUGGAAAUUUAUAGCUCAGGUGCUUGAUCGAAUGUUUUUAUGGACUUUUCUUCUGGCUUCAAUAAUUGGAUCAAUUGGGUUGUUUAUUCCUGUUAUUUAUAAAUGGGCAAAUAUAAUAGUACCAGUCCACAUUGGAAACACACACACAUAA